AUGGCUUCAAGCGCCGCAUCGGGGCAUCUUGCAGUGUCGAUCGGCCUGGGCAGUCGGGCCACUCGACGGGCCUUCUCGUCAAGAUCGGGACCGUCGAGACGCGGCGGACAGACGAGAGAGCCGCAGCUUCGUUCACAAUCCUGGUCCAAGUGUCUGAUCGCAGGACCGCCGCCCAAUAUCGCUCAAAACGAUCCAGGCAUGGCCCUCAAAAGACGUUUUUCGUCAACCAAUUACGGCUAUGUUCCUCUUGAGAUACGCGGGACCUCCGGAACGCACAGAUCUACUAGUUACACAUUUGGAAACUUCUACAGCGGAAGACUUCAAGCACUGGUUGGUGUAUGA